AUGAGAGAUGAACAUGGGGUAGGUGUAACGUACAAUAAAGCAUGGAGAGCAAAAGAACUUGCAGUUGAUGAUGUUAGAGGGUCAAAUGAGGAAAGUUAUGCAUUGUUACCUUCAUAUUUGUAUAUGCUAAAGUUGUCCAACCCAGGAACUAUCACAAGAGUAUGUAAAGAUGAAGAAAAUAGGUUUAAAUACAUGUUUAUUGCUUUUGGUGCUUCAUUGGAUGGAUGGAAACACUGUAGACCAGUUAUAGUGGUAGAUGGAACAUUUUUAAAGACAAAAUAUGGAGGUACACUAUAUGCAGCUUGUGUUAAAGAUGGAGACAAUCAAAUUUUUCCGCUCGCCUUUGGAAUUGGGGAUUCAGAAAAUGACAAUGCAUGGAUAUGGUUCUUUAUAAGACUAAAAGAAGCAAUAGGAGAUCGAGAAAACUUGUGCAUAGUAUCUGACAGGCAUAAAAGCAUCAAAAAUGCAGUUGAACAAGUGUAUCCUGGUGUAUAUCAUGGAGUUUUUCUUUAUCAUUUGAAACAAAAUCUAAGGACUAAGUUUAGGGGAUUACAUGUGCAUGCCAUAUUUGAAACUGCUUCAAGAGCGUACUCAGUUCAAGAAUAUUAUUCUGCCAUGGCUGAAUUACAGAAAAUUAGCCCUGAAAUGACCACAAUUGUGCAUGUGAGAGAAUUUCCUAUAACAUUGUUAAUAGAAGCUAUAAGAGAGAUGCUUCAAAGAUGGUUUUCAACAAGAAAAGAAGCAGCAAUCACCCAAUUUAUUGAAGUGACAAAAUGGGAAAAUGAUGAAAUGGAGAUCAAACUUGAUGUGGCAUUUCGAAUGAAGGUAGAUGUAAUUGAUGCAAUGAAAUCUAGUGUCACAUAUGGUGAUCGAGUAUUUGUUGUCGACUUGGAACAACAUAUGUGCACAUGUAAUGAAUUUCAACUAGAGGGAAUUCCAUGUGCACAUGCUAUUGCAACAAUUGAAAGCAAGUACUUGGACAAGUACAAAUUUUGCUCAAAUUGGUAUAAAAAUUCUAUUUUGAAAGAGACUUAUGCAGGAUCAAUUAAUCCUCUUCCAGAUAAAGUUGAUUGGAGUGUCCCAGAUGAAAUUAAAGAAGAUAGCAUGAAAGCUCCAAAAUUCAAAGUAAAACAAGGACGUCCUAAGAAAAAAAGAAUUCCAUCAACAGGAGAAUUUUCCAAGCAUGUUCGAACAGUCAAGUGUGGAAAUUGUGGAAUAUUGGGACAUAAUAGAAAGAAUUGUAAAAUCCAACCAAUUCUAAAAGAAGGAUAA